AUGCAGUUGGUAGCGAAACUUAGUCGGUUUUACUUUUUUUUAUUUUUUUGUCGCCUAUCGAAAUUGCCACCAACUAUAUUCAAACUUUAUCUCCCAACACAACACAACUACGUUCCCAUGUCAGAUCCAUUUUCGAUAAACGGUGGUGCAGCCGUUGCAAUGAUAGGUAAAGAUUGUGUUGCUAUAGCUAGUGAUUUACGUUUAGGCUCACAAUCGCUAGGAGUAUCCAACAAUUUUGAAAAAGUAUUUGAAUUUGGUGACAAGACAUACAUGGCAUUGACAGGUCUCGCUACUGAUGUAAUAACAUUGCGCGAGCUAUUCAAAUUCAAAACCAACUUGUACAAAUUACGUGAAGAACGAUCAAUUGAACCAUCAACAUUGGCAAAUCUCGUGUCAUCAUCAUUAUACGAACGUAGAUUUGGGCCUUGGUUUGUCGGGCCUAUAGUUGCUGGAUUAAGCUCCAAGGACAACAAGCCAUUCAUUUGUGGAUUUGAUUCCAUUGGAUGUAUCGAUUACAGUCAUGACUUUAUUGUCAGUGGGACGGCAACUGACCAAUUGUAUGGAAUGUGUGAGGGGUUAUAUGAACCUAAUUUGGAGCCGGAGGAUUUGUUUGAAACUAUAAGUCAAGCUUUGUUAAAUGCUGUGGAUAGAGAUGCGUUGAGUGGCUGGGGUGCUGUUGUUUACAUUAUUACGAAGGACAAAGUGGUUAAACGUGUUUUGAAAACUCGUCAAGAUUAG